AUGAGGAACAUAAACUCGGAAUAUUAAGUUGGAAGAAUGAUUUCAUGCGGAACAUUUGGUUAAGUGUUUGAAGGCUUUCAUAUCUAAAAAAAAACCAAAGUUGUGAUUAAAAGAGAGAUCGGUAAAAGGCAAACACUGAAAUAGGAGAAAAAAAUUCUUAAAUCCUUAUAAGGUAUAAAUGGAGUGCCUAAAUUUCAUUUUUAUGGUUAGCUUAACGGAGCAGACAUUAUUAUUCUUGAAAAUUUAGAAAGUGAUUUAUCUGUUUUAAAGCGAGCUCAUGGUAAAUUAUCUUUAAAAACUAUUUUACAAAUUGCCCUAUAAUCAAUAGGGAUUCUUAAGGAGAUUCAUGGUCGUAGAAUCAUACAUAGAGAUCUGAAACCAGAGAAUAUUAUGAUAGGUGGACAAUAUAAAGGACAGAUUUAUAUUAUUGAUUAUGGAAUCAGUAAAUUUUAUAUGAACAAGGGUUAACAAAUUCCAUUUAGAAAAGAUAAAUAUUUUGUUGGCACAAUCAAAUAUGCAUCAAUAUCUUCUCAUUUAGGGCAUGAACAAUCUCCAAAAGAUGAUAUUGAAUCAUUAUUGUAUGUGUUAGUGUAAUUAUUUCAUGGAGAAUUGCCAUGGGAAGCUUACCAAAAUGUAGAAGUGACUGGAAGACUUAAAUAAUAAAUAACAGAUUCUCAAUUAUUUAAAGGAUUGCCAUAAUAAUUUAAUUAAAUAUAUUUGUAAUGCGAUAUUAAUAUUUAUAGGUACAUAAGAAAAUUACCUUACCAUUAAAUUCCAAAUUAUGACAAUAUUAUGAAAGUUCUUCUAAGCAUAGCUACAGAAAUGGACAUUAAAAUUGAUGAACAAUUUGAAUGGAAUAAAUUUGAUGCACAACUAUUAGAAACAUUUAAUAUUCUUAAAUCUUAAAUAGUUUCUACAGCUCCAUGGAUAAAUGAUAGUUAAGUCAAUUAUGAAUCAGAGGAAGAAGAAGAAGAAGAGACAUUAGAAUAGAAAUUGUCUAAAAUCAAUAUAUUAUUAGAGUUUGAUAAUCCUUUAAUAUGA